UUAAGUACUGUCUUUCAUUUCCGAUUAAUGUAUAUCAAGCUAGCUAACAAAACACAUUUUUCCUAUAAAUACUAACACACUGAGGCUCACUUCUCACACUCUCUUCAAUACUGACUUCAUCUCUCCUUCAAUCCUAUAGCCACAACAAUGAAGCUUAGUCAUCCUUCAACUACUAUCACCUCCUUCAUCUUCUUCAUCUUCCUUACUCUACCCUCCUCAAUCACAUCCCAAAUUUGCCAAAGAUCCUGCAACAGAAUCCCUCUUAACUUCCCAUUCGGCAGUGACCCCGGCUGCGGCGACCCGCGCUUCCACCAAUCCGUAACAUGCAACCAAGACAAGCUCACAUUCACCACCCACACCGGAUCCUACCCCAUCACCAACAUAGACUACACAAAACAAGUCCUCUACAUCUCAGACCCCUCCAUGUCCACCUGCUCCUGCACUCAACCCAGCAAAGGCUUCAGCCUCAACUACGACGCGCCGUUCACCUUCCAAGACGACAACAUCUUCGCCUUGCUCGACUGCUCCACCUCAUCAUCCAACGGCAGCCUUUACAGCAGUGACAACUCCAAGCUCUCUCUUUGUGAUAACCAAGGUGCACCCAUCUGCAGCUACUUGUAUUCAUGCAGGGCUAUAAGCUUCAUCAAUCUUCCCAUCGCCACGUGUUGCGUUUACACGCCGGUGGAUCUCGGGCCGGCUUUCGAGAUGGACUUGCAGAAGCUACAAUGCAGCUCUUAUUCUGGUUUUUACAGCUUCAAUGGCCGUGAAUCCGACCCUAAUAGUUGGAAGUAUGGGAUAGCGCUCAAGUAUAAGUUCAAUGUGAAUAAUGAGUUUCCCAGUUCAUGUUUUAAUUGUGAGAGGAGUAAUGGGGUUUGUGGGUACUAUGGAGCUUAUAACUCGUUUAUAUGUAAUUGUCCGAAUGGUUUGAACACUACAAACGAUUGCUACUUUGGAUCGCCCUAUAGUUAUGGCUCGAGGCUUAUUGCAUCGGGGCACUCUGGGACCUGGCUAUUCUAUUGUUUGGUGUGGCUAUUGGUUUCAGUACACUUGUAGACCACUAGAUUGUUAAUCAAAUGCAAUGCUGAGGUUUGAGUUUUUUCCUUCUUGUUCUCAUGUAAUAACCAAGUCUCCACAAUGCAUGUUUGUAGGGUAGGUAUUUUAAGUUAAUUAAGUCCUUGAGGUAAAGGAUUAUUGUCA